CGCGCGGCGCGCCCGCUGCGAGCGGUCCGAGUUCGUGCACCACACGACCCACUCACGGGUGAUCGCGUAAAUGCGAUGCUCAUGCACGAGUAAUACGAGCGACCCUCCGCGAUAGAUGAGAGCAUCGAGGCAAGAUGGCCUCCUUCAAAGACUGGCUCACAGUGACUUGGGCGCAAAGCGGGAUGCAUCUACAACCAGAAGCCGUCGGCGAUGACGACGCAGAUUCAGUCAGAGGCCGGUAUGGACGUGCCGGUAGCCUGGCAGUGACUCCGGGUGAGAAGCUCAUGGAACUGCUUCGACCCAGUGCGGGAACCCCCCGAAGACAUUCCACAGCAGCCUGUGCGCCCGCCCAACCACGGACUUCAGGCUUCGUGUACUGCCCCUCAGACGCGCUGCCCUACUGCCCUCCGUCGAGGUUCGCUCCACCCAGGACAAUUAUUAAUAAGCUCCCUCCACCACAAAUUCAAACGCCACCACAGCCGCCGCCAGUACCUCAAAGAACAGCACCAGUGGUGACACCACUACCAGUUCCCCCGCCGGCACCUCCACGCCGCUCCUCACCACAACCACCGCGAAGAGUUCCCCCACCAACUCCCCCAAGACCACUUCCUACUCCGGUGACGACAGAUCCAAACGGCAAUAAAAAGAAACACAUCCCGCCACCCUUAACACAUAACCCAAUUCCAAAUAUAGCUCCCUCAAAAUUAGACUGUAACAGAAAUCCCCAACCACCCGUUUCAAGACGUCCCACACAAAAAGUACCUGACACAGCAACGUCUCCAUUCUCUCCAACUCCAUUACCGCAAAAUAACCAAAUGAAACGAUCCCCUAGUUCGGGAUCAAACAUCAGUGUUAGACAAGACUCCAACGUGUCUUCAGACUCCUUUAGCCAAACAUCCUCCCCGUCGUAUACCACAAAGACAAUGGAAGCUCCAUUGCUACCCCAUCAGCAUGUGAACAAAAGUCUGAAUGCUAAGAUAGCUCGAGGGUUGCUACUGAAAGAGCAGCAGGAGAAAGAGUCAGGAAACUCGUCCAUAACUAAAAGUAUGUCUACGCCAGCGUCCUUGCAGACCAUUGUGAGGUUUCAAAAUGGAAGCAACAUGUCACUACAUCAUAGGAUGCUCCGAGACAUGCGCGGCGCCAGCACAGACGGCUCGGCGCACAAGUUCCGCCUGAUGCAGCUGGCGCUCAACGCAGUGGCGCUGUUGGCCAUCACCGGCGCGCUCUUCGCGUACUUCCGUGCCAACCCCGCCGUGCAGUACGUAUCGCAAGUGGUGAACCGGUCGUCCAUAGUGACGUGGCCGGCGCCGACCGAGCCGCCCGGCGCGCGUAACCCUGCGCCCGGCGUGUGCCUGCCCGUCAUCGUCAAGUUCUGCCACCAGCACCGCGUCUCCUACAACUUCACCGUCUUCCCCAACUACAUCGGCCACUUCGGACAGAGGGACGCACAACUGGACCUGGAGAUCUACGACGCAGUGGUGGACGUGCGCUGCUACGAGCUGACCGCGCUGUUCCUGUGCUCGCUGUUCGUGCCCAAGUGCGGGCCUCUGGGGCACAUGGUGCGGCCCUGCAAGAGUCUGUGCCAAGAGACAAUGCGUCGCUGCGGCUUCUUCCUGGAGGUGUUUGGUCUGGCCAUGCCAGACUACCUGCAGUGUGACAUCUUCCCCGAGUCCACCGACACGGACGUGUGCCUCGGCAACCGAGAGGUGAAAGAGGCACGGUUCAGAGCUGCUAAACCAGUUUGUCCGACUGGCUUCCAAUGCGAUAUGAACAGAUGCAUCCCCCACGACUGGCGCUGCGACGGGCACGUGGACUGCGCCGACCGCUCCGACGAGCUCAACUGCAGGGUCUGCAAGAGGAGCGGGGACGUCCACUGCGGGAACCAGCGCUGCAUCUCGCAAGCGCACCUCUGUGACGGCAAGAUCGACUGCCCUUGGGGACAGGACGAGAGGAACUGCUUACGGUUGAGUGAAGCCAACGGUGACGUGGGUCGCGGGGAGUUGCAGGUGUACAGAGCCGGCAACCAGUCCUGGUUCCCCGCCUGCAUCAGCACGCUAGAUGACUCCACCGCUAUCAAGCUCUGCUCCAUGCUUGGAUACUCCUGGGUGAACCGCAGCGCCGCACUGGGCGGCGCGGGUGCGCGCGCGGGUCGCACGCACGCGGGGUCGCCGCACGCGCAGCGCGUGCACGGCGUGGCGCAGUCCUACCGCGCCUUCGUGCGCAGCGAGGGCGGGCUACUGCGCGAGCUCAAGGACUGCCGCCACGACUCCUCGCGCGUCCACCUCGUGUGCAACGACUAUGAAUGUGGCAAGCGGCGUACCAUCGGUGGCGCGAACAAGCGUAUUGUAGGUGGGGUGGAGGCCUCGCCCGGGGACUGGCCGUUCCUCGCAGCGAUCCUCGGCGGCCCUGAGGAGGUGUUCUACUGCGCGGGCGUGCUCGUCGCCGACCAGUGGGUGCUCACAGCCUCGCAUUGCGUGGGGAAUCAUUCAGACGUGAACGGCUGGACGAUCCAGCUGGGCAUCACGCGACGUCGCUCGCACGCCUACUACGGGCAGAAGGUGAAGGUGCGGCGAGUGGUGCCACAUCCACUGUACAAUGUUGGCGUCGCACACGACAACGACAUCGCACUGUUUCAACUGGCAGUCCGCGUCCGCUACCACGAGCAGCUGUCACCAGUUUGCCUGCCGCCCGCAGAGCGCGCGCUGGCGCCCGGCACCAUCUGCACCGUCAUCGGCUGGGGCAAGCGAGACGACAAGGACAUGUCAGAAUACGAACCAGCGGUGAAUGAGGUAGAAGUGCCAGUGUUGAACCGUGACCUCUGCAACCAGUGGCUCGAGCAUCGCGAGCUCAAUGUCACCGAAGGCAUGCUCUGUGCGGGCUACCCUGAAGGCGGCAAAGACGCUUGUCAGGGCGACUCGGGCGGGCCUCUUCUCUGCAAAGAUCCAGACGACUCGUCGCGCUGGUACGUGGGCGGCAUCGUAUCGUGGGGCAUCAAGUGUGCGCACCCGCGCCUGCCCGGCGUGUACGCGUACGUGCCGCGCUACGUGCCGUGGAUUGAACACCAGAUCGCGCUCUACAACGACGAAGACGCCAAGUCCGACGCCGACUGAGGCUGGACUGACUACUAACACAUCAUCCAUGUGCCGCAACGCACUUCGGGCAACGACGUGUAGCCCGCGCGUAGCCGGCGUGUCCUACGCGUACAUGCCAUUCUACAUGCUAUAUAUUUCGUGUCAAAUUGAAGACAGCUGGACACUGGUAACUAGCACAUCGUUCAUGUGCCGCAACGAAGUGCAACCCGCGUCUGCCAGCCGUGUGCACGUACGUGCCACGCUACAUGCCGUGGAUUACACGCCAGAUUGCACUUUAAACGAUGCCGAUGCUUAGUCGUAGGAACGCGUGCGUGCCGCGCUACGUGCGUUUUAACAGUAGGACGGUCAAAUACUCACGUAACCACUCGCAUUAGUAAGUUAGGGGAGAAAACACUGGGGCCCGCUUCGCUAUAUUUUGAUACACAUUCAUCCCCUAACUGGAGGAUUCGGACGCAAAAACCACCCGUGUUGAUUGAGUUAAUCCAGGGAAAAGUCGGUGGAAAUCGAAUGAUUGGAAAAAACGAUUUUCUGCUUUAGUCCUGGCUUUAGAGAAGGAAAUUAUCAGAGCCCGCUGGUAUUUAUUUGAUUUUAGAUAGUUUUUCACUCUUUUAGUAUUAUGUCAUUAUGUAGUUUUGUGAAUGCCAAAUUGAGCUCUAUUCUAUUGAAUAUUUUGAUAAGAACUUAGUAGUUAUCUAUGUGUUAAGCACUUAUUUUUUCGCCUGCGUUUAUAUGUUAGUAAAUUUAUAUAUUUUUUAUAAGACUCAUUAGAAAAAGUGAACGAGGGCCCUAGUUGUUUGAAGUCUACUUAAUAAACAUAAAUAGCUAAAAACAGUUCAAUUAAAGAAACGUGAAACUUCCAUAUAUUUAACUGUAAAAUGGUAAAAUGUGUCAAUUAAC